CUCCGGAGAGCAGCCGCAGCAGCAGCAGGAAAAUAUGAAGCAGUGGCAAAAUCAAGAGCAGCAGCAGCAAAAAGGGCUGAUGUGUCAAGAUCAGCAGCAGAAAGGGCAUCUAUGGCAGAAAAAGCAGCAACAGCAGCUGCAAAUUCAACAAUCCUGGAUCCCCGACCAACAACAGCAACCACAACACCAGCAGCAGAAGAAUCAACAUCAACAAUCCCGGAACCCCAACUAUCAAGAACAACAGCAGCAGCAACAGCGGCAUCACCAGCAGCAACAUCAGCAACAGCAGCACCACCAGCAACAGCAACAACAGCAGCAUCAACAGCAGCAACAUCAGCAGCACCAACAACAGCAUCAGCAGCAACAGCAGCAGCAACAGCAGCAUCACCAGCAGCAGCAGCAACAGAAACAAACGCAUCAACAAUCCCAAAACCCUGAUCAUGAACAACAACAGCAGCAGCAGCAGAAACAACAGCAGAAUCACAAGCAGCAAUCUCAACAGCAGAAGCAGCUGAAGUGGCAACAGCAACAACGUAGACAGCAGAAUCAAAAGCAGCAACAGCAGCAGCAGCAAGAACAUCACCACGACAAGCAGCAGCAUAAUCAACACCUUCAGGUGCAGCAACACGAGCAACAGCAGCAAGAACAGCUGACACAUCGUCUCCCGUGA